UGAAUGCGUGACAAAUGAACACAAAUGUAAACAUUGAGUGAAAUGUGUUUACAAUUGAAUUAAAUUUCAUUUUGAAUACAAUUUACAAUACAAUCAAUCGAUUGAAUAGUUUGCGAAGUCGUGUGAAAUGUCUUUCAUUAGGUUGUGCUCAACGAGACUCACGACUGGUUUGAAUGGCUCGAGAAGUGUGAAUCCGAUGCUGAGAGUGCAGCCAUUGGUGAAGACCUCGAGGGCGACGAUGAUAGGCAUCGACCAAAUGGAUCCGCAAAUCAUAAAAGACAAGCCCAAGCCGUGGCCGUACAAAACGAAACGGCACUUCCAGUACUUCCACUACCUGCUAGACCUGGACAACACGGCCGCCCGGUUUGACCCAAACAGUAAGAUAGUGGUGAUUGAGGGCAACAAGGCUUCCGGCAAAGAAGUGGUGGCCCAGGCGUUGGCCAAACACUUCGGCCUCCACUACAUGCCUGAACCAGAUCUGGAGGACAUGUAUAUCAAUCACAACGGCUUCGACUACCGGUCUCUCAACAAAUGGAUCGACCCUAAGGUCCAGGCGGUCGACGAACGCAUGUAUUUAGAGGAUCCGCACCACAGAGGCGUCCAUUGGAUGAAAAUGUUUUUCUAUAAGAAACGCUACGAACAGUACAUCGACGCCUUGGCCCACCUCUACAACACCGGACAGGGAGUCAUAUUAGAGAGAAGUCCUUACAGUGACUUUGUCUUCACCGAAGCCAUGAAUAAAAGCGGAUAUUUUAGCGAUAAUGCGACGGACUAUUACUACCGCGUAAGACACGCCACUAUCUAUGACCUGCAAAGACCUCAUCUCGUCAUCUAUUUGGAU